GUCAUUGGCGUUGACCUGAGCCCCAUUCAGCCUGAGUGGGCGCCUCCGAAUUGUGUGUUUGAGGUCGACGACUUAGAAAAGCCAUGGACCUGGAACGAGCCCUUUGACUUCAUCUACUGCAGAAGCAUGGACGGCGCAUUCGCGAACAAGGAAAGGAUGAUUAAGAAGAUUUACAAUGGCUUGACUCCGGGAGGUCAUCUUGAAGUCGCGGGACUCGAAUUACCGCCUGGUUGCGACGAUGCUUCAGUUCCCAAGGACUCUGACUUGUGGAAGUGGCACGAGCUGCUACAAGAAGCCGCGACAAAGAUCGGACGGCCGCUGGAGAGUCUGGCCCACAACAAGGCGGACCUAGAGAACGCUGGCUUUAUCAACAUUGUCCGUAAAGACUACAAGCUACCUCUCAACACCUGGCCUGCGGAUCCCCAUCUAAAAAGUCUCGGAAAGUGGCAAUUUGUCAACCUCAAUCUCGGUCUCGAGGGGCUGUCCCUUGCUCUUCUGACCCGUGUUUUGGAAUGGUCCAGGGAGGAGGUGCUUGCCCUAUGUGCAGGCGUUCGGAGAGAUCUGAAGGAUAAGAGAAUGCACGCUUAUUGGAAAAUUCACGUUGUCUAUGCGCAAAAGCCCGAGGAUGCCUCUCCUUCUGAGGAGUCGCAGGAGUGA